UACAGUUUUAACCAUAGUCAUUUAUAAUGUUUCUCAGAACUUGUGUGCUUUAUUUUGCUCUUGCAAUCACCUUUAAUUCUGGAUUUGGAUUAUCUGAUGCAGAAAAAAGAGUUAAAAGAGCAACUUUAAUUGAAUCAUAUCCAGAAUUAACUGAUUUGGAAUCCUCGGAGGAGAAUUCUGAUAUCUCUUUACCUGUAGCUGCAGAAGAAAUUGUUCUAAGCGAUUCUGAAAUUCUUAACCAAAGUGACGAAUUUGAACUCGUGUUGAAGAAAGGUUUCAAUCCACAUGUAAUACUUGGUGAUUAUUCAUAUUAUGUUGGAGUAUAUGAACAGGUAUCCUGGUAUCGUGCUCUCCAAGAAUGUGCCUUACAAAAUAUGCAAUUGCUCUACAUCGAUAAUGCCCAAAAUAAUAGACAAUUAAGAAAUUUUCUAACUGAGCAAAAUAUCCUACCUGCACAAUAUUGGACUUCAGCUAAUAACUUCAUUCAAGAUGAUGAGUUCGUCUGGCUUCCAACUGGUAAAGAUUUAACUUUUACAAAUUGGGGACAAAAUGAAACUGGUCCUUUCAGUAAUUGUGUAUAUAUAAAUAAAAACUAUAAAUGGGGCGUCACCGACUGUUACGAUGAUCAUUACUUUAUAUGUAAGGCACCACUUGUACCUCGCUGUGGUCCAACUGGACAAUGUCAUUCGUAAUAACCGUAUUUAAAGAAUAUUUUAUGAAUAAUUAAAGCUAAAAUUAUAAAUUGCACAUAGUAUGAUGUUUCAAGAAAUUUUGUAACCAAUAAAAAUGAUAAAAUUUGCAUAUAUAA